UCAUAGAUCCAUAUCCGAAACACAUUAGCACACUCAACAAAAUUAUAAAAUUAUCAGACGACACUGCCAAACGCUGCAUAGAAGUCAACAAAAAGUUCAACAAUUCAAACAUAAUCGACAUCUUCUGCGAUGGAGCGUACCAACCCAAUAGUGAUACCAAUCACUUAGGUGUAGGAAUAGUACUCCAAGAUCAAAAUAACAAAACUGAAAACAUAUCAAUCCAACUUGCGACCAACGGCUCUAGCGACCUAGCAGAACUUCUUGCCAUCGCCAUAGCCAUUAACCUAAUUAAGCAUAACACUGUAACAUAUAUACACACAGACUCAGCAGUCGCCAUUAACGAAAUCACGAAUGCAAGGAAAAACUCAACCAAAAAACGUAGAUACCUGCGCAUAACUGAUUACAUACACAACACCGUCUGA